GACACACGGGGCACAGAGAGAUAGAGAUACUGAGAAAGAGAGAGAGGGAGAGAGGGAGAGGCUGGAGAUAGAUGAUGCAUAGGUGUAGCAGAGAGCCGUGCCCGUGUGGCCCGUUCGGGAACCAGGGCGCUUCCUCCUUCUCCAUGCUCUUCUCCAAGCCCUUCGACGAGAACGACCUCUACUACUCGUCGUCCUCCUCCCCACCUUCCUCCUCCUCCUCCUCCGUCGACUGCACCCUCUCCCUCGGCACCCCCUCCACCCGCCUCGUCGUCCCCGAGGACGCCCCCGACGAUCACUACAGACGGGGCGGGGGCGGCGGCGGCGGCGGCGGGAGCGGCGCCCGCCCAGAGCAGCACCGGCGCUCGACCGUGUCCAACUUCUGCUGGGACGUGUUCCAGCCCAAGCACGCCCCGCACGGCAAGGCCAGCCGCGGUGGAAACGGCGGCGGUAAUCAGUCGGCGGCGGCGGCGGCGGCGAGCGAUCCCCUUCUCGCUCGCCGCUGCGCCAACUGCGACACCACCUCCACUCCGCUUUGGCGCAACGGUCCGCGUGGCCCAAAGUCGCUAUGCAAUGCCUGCGGAAUCCGGUUCAAGAAGGAGGAGAGGAGAGCGACGGCUGCCGCGGCCUCCGGCGGAGGAGGAGUCGCGGAAGCGCAGCACGUGUACGGCCACCAGUGGGUCCAUCAGGCGCAGGCGGCGUCGCAGAAGGUGCCCUCUUGCUUCUCGCCGGCGGCGAUAUCGGGCCACCACCACCACCACCACGAGUUCCGCUUCAUGGAGGACGACGUCGUCGCGUCGGCGCGGGACUCCUCCGACGGCGGGAUCUCCUUCCUCUCGUGGCGCCUCAACGUCACGGACAGGCCCAGUCUCGUCCACGACUUCACAAGAUGAAGAAACGCACGAAGAAGAAGAAGAAGAAGAAGAAGAAAGAUGGAUAAAAGAGUCGAGAUCACAUCGCCCCCCCCCCCCCCCCCCCAGUCCUUUUCCAUAUAAAAUAUUAACAUAUGUAUCACGACGUUGAUGUUUUGAAGCUUGUUGAUGAUGGCGAUAGUUAUGGUCGUGGUCCAAUUCUUUUCUUUUUUUUUGUUCCCUUCCUCUGUUUUCCUUUUUUUUUUAAUAUUAUAUUUUUCUUUUCAACUUUUCCAGCUGUUUCCUUUUCUUCUCUUGCCCAGAUGGAGUCCCCAAAUGGGAUAAAUUCCUAUUUUCUUGUUCUUGAUUA